GAAGAAGAAGAAGAGAAAGAAGAAGAAGAAGAAGAAAGAAGAAGAAGAAGAAGAGCUAUUGUCUUCCUGAAAAGAGCAAACAGCCCUGACGCUACUCCCGUCACCCCGAUGCUACUCCCGGCCCCCGACGCUACUCCCGGCCCCCGACGCUACUCCCCGACGCUAUUCCCCGACGCUACUCCCGUCACCCCGAUGCUACUCCCGGUCCCCGACGCUACUCCCGGUCCCCGACGCUACUCCCGUCACCCCGACGCUACUCCCGUCACCCCGACGCUACUCCCGUCACCCCGACGCUACUCCCGGCCCCCGACGCUACUCCCGGCCCCCGACGCUACUCCCCGACGCUACUCCCGGCCCCCGACGCUACUCCCCGACGCUACUCCCGGCCCCCGACGCUACUCCCCGACGCUACUCCCGGUCCCCGACGCUACUCCCGGCCCCCGACGCUACUCCCGGCCCCCGACGCUACUCCCCGACGCUACUCCCGGCCCCCCGACGCUACUCCCGGCCCCCCGACGCUACUCCCGGCCCCCCGACGCUACUCCCGGCCCCCGACGCUACUCCCCGACGCUACUCCCCGACGCUACUCCCGCUCCCCGACGCUACUCCCGGUCCCCGACGCUACUCCCCGUCCCCGACGCUACUCCCCGACGCUACUCCCGGUCCCCGACGCUACUCCAGGCCCCCGACGCUACUCCCCGACGCUACUCCCCGACGCUACUCCCGGCCCCCAACGCUACUCCCGUCACCCCGACGCUACUCCCGGCCCCCGACGCUACUCCCGCCCCCCCGACGCUACUCCCCGACGCUACUCCCCGACCCCGGCGCUACUCCCUGACCCCACGACGCUACUCGACGACGCUACUCCCCAACGCUACUCCCGGCCCCAGACGCUACUCCCCGACGCUACUCCCCGACCCCGACGCUACUCCUGAUUAA